AAAGAAGGCAAGGGUUUUGGGGUGGAUUGCUGCUUCUGGUGUUUUGUUAGUUCUCUGUGCAAAGGAAUCUUAUAAAGAAGAAAAGCAGAGAUGAUUACCGGAAGUGGACAUGUGUCAGUUCCUCCAGGAUUCAGGUUUCAUCCAACGGAUGAGGAGCUACUGUACUAUUACCUGAAGAAGAAAGUGAAUUAUGAGGACAUCGAUCUUGACGUUAUAAGAGAUGUUGAUCUCAAUAAACUAGAGCCUUGGGAUCUAAAAGAUAAAUGUAGGAUAGGAAAUGGCCCUCAAAAUGAGUGGUACUUCUUUAGUCACAAGGAUAAGAAGUAUCCCACUGGUACAAGGACUAACAGGGCCACAACUGCUGGAUUUUGGAAGGCAACAGGUAGAGAUAAAGCCAUCCAUAUGAGCAACUCUAAGAGGAUUGGAAUGAGGAAGACCUUGGUUUUCUACACUGGUAGAGCACCCCAUGGUCAAAAGACAGAUUGGAUCAUGCAUGAAUAUCGUCUCGAUGACGACUUCUCAGACACCCAAGAAGAUGGAUGGGUGGUUUGUAGGGUUUUCAAGAAGAAAAACCAACAAAGGGUCCUCCAUUUUGAAAACCCACCAGAAGAUGAGGGCUUGUGCCCUAACUCCUCAGCCUAUCAUGAAAAGCCACAUGGCCCCCACUCAUUGGACCAAAAGCAUGCCUUUCAUAUGCACCAAGACUUCCCUUAUGAUCAUCAAAGCAAUACCCAUCAUAAUAUUAACAGCAGUGAUCACCAUCACCCCAACAAUUUCAAUAAUUCCAUGCACCUCCCCCAGCUGCUUAGCCCUGAUAAUGGAGUCACACCCUACUUAGCACCAAGUGUCUCUAUAAACAUGGUUGACAUUGAGUGUUCACAAAACCUCAUGAAAUUGACAUCAAAUGGUGCAAUGCAACAGCAAGACUGGUCCUUCUUGGACAGACUUUUGGCUUCUCAUCCAAACUUGGACCUCUUCUCCAAUGGUAAAACUACUCCUCCUCCUCAACUAUUUGAUGCCAACACUAGCAUUCAGAAGUUCCCCUUCCAUUACCUUGGAUGUGACCCUGAUGCUUUGAAGUUCUCCAAAUAA